AUGUGGUUGGGCGCACUGAUUUUAUUGGUGCCGUUGGUGUUUGCUGAAGACAAUGAAGAAGAACCUAUUUUUGCUCCACCUGUGUUUGACUUGAACAAUGUGAGUGACCUUUUUUGAAUUAUACGGAACUCCUAUACGGUUUUUAAAUCAUAAAGUUUUGUAACAGAACUUUUGGCGCAUUCUGUAUAAUGAAUUGCUCGGGGGUUUAAAAUUUGAUUUGUUAUAAAAGAAAUUAGAUAUAGAGGCGUUUUUAUAACUUUUAAGUUCUGCUAUAUAUGUUUGUUAUAAAAAAGCUCUACUGUAUGUACUUUUUUGCACUGUUAUUUUAAAUUUAAAUUUUUACAUUUAUAGGGCCAGCUCAAGGAAUGUAACGUGGAAAUGGCCAUGCCUGUGUAAGUUGGCUUUUUAUUUGAAAAAAAUUUUUUAAGUUUGAUUUGCAAAGACCUAUUAUAUUUGGAGUUUUAAAAUUUUUGUCGUUUUUUAUUACUGUGUUGAACGUUAAAAAAACGACAACACUUUACUAAUGCAUUAUUGUUAUACCUGAAAGGGGGUUUGCUAGACUCGGCCUUAGCCCUAUAUAAAGAUAAUUUUUUAUUAGUAUGUUCGCAUAAUUCUGUGCUCCUCUCAAGAAAAAUUUUAAGGGUUGAGUUUUUUGGGGCAUAGAAUUACUUAUGCGUUUUUGAUUAUUUUUUAAAAGUUUUAAUAAUUUGGUUUUGUAGUAUGGUCAACGAUUGUCCCGAAUACAUGGCUCAGCUCAUCAUAAACGAGGAUUUCGUGCGAACUGACCGUAUCGGUUGGCCUUCUUUGUUGACUCCAGAGUAAGUUUUUUUGGCUUUUAAUACCUAAAAUGGCUUGAAACCUCAACUAUUUUUACCUUUAUUCCUACUCUUCUUCUUACCUCUACUUUUACUUUUUCAGUGUCGCACGUGAUAUUGUUUUCAAUCACACGUACAAAGUGGACAAUGUAGUGCCGGAAGCGAAACGGAACCAUUGGUGGUUGGAGUACUAUAUAGAGGAGAUGAACCCAGUGAUUUAUGUCUCUUUCAAUACGGUUUGUUUUUUUAAAUUAUUGCUUAAAAAUUUUUUGACAUUGUUUUUUUUUAUUUUUUACUCAAAGUUGCAGUUUGUGACGAAUUGCCACAAAUUUAAUUGGAAUUUUGAAACCGUAACGAAGUGUCACUAAUUUUAUUGGAAUUUUUGAAAUUGUUACGAAGUGUCACAAAUUUUAUUGGAAUUUUAGAAACUUGUAACGAAGUGUCACAAAGAUUAUUGGAAAAAUGGAUUUUUUGUAUAAAACAGAGCUGUGUGGUUUUAAAACAUUAUACUGUGGCAUUUUUUAAAAUAUUUUUUACUUUUAGAAGGACGGCAGACAAAUAAAAUUGAACGGAUCAUCGGUUGGAAGACAUGGCUUUUAUCCGUUCAAGGUGACCUCGAAAGAUCAGUCCAAAGGUAUCAAAGACAUUCAUGUAGGUUCUGACGGAUUUUCUAUUUGAAACGACUAAAAUUUUUUAUGAAAUCCUGAAAUUUUUAAAUUAAUUUUUAAUUUAAAAUACUUUUUAAACAUAUGUCUUUAGGACUCGUUGGCAAAUGUGUUUGAUUACCACGAUAUGCUUGUCAACGAUGAUCUUAUCGCUUUCGAAUUCAAUGUUACCGAGACCAGAGAGUAUGGUUUGGAUGACUACGGCAAGGCCAUGGACUCGGUGAUGUGCAAGUCUGGUUGCUUCUACAUCUUCAUUCCGGUCUUGGUCAUCUUCUUGAUCUGCUUGAUCGCCUGCAUCGUGGUCUCGAUCUUGGUCGGACGUUCCAGGGUGAGUUAGAGGUUUGGGGCGUUCCAGAGUUAAUUGUAGGCUUUGGGCGUUUAGAGUGAGUUGUAGGAUUGGGGUGUUCCAAAGUGAGUUAUAGGCUUAUUGAUAAGCUUGGGGUAUCUGUAGUAGGUUCAAAAGUCUUGUCGUCGUUUUACACUGAUUUUCACGAGGAAAAACGACAAGACUUUUAUGAAGUUUAACAACGGUUGCUAUUGUUGACUAUCGUGAAGUUUUUAUGAAAAUAAAAGUUUGUAGAGUGUAGUCUAGUAUAAUGUUGGACUCAAGACGACUAUUCUAAUAUCCUUUUGGGUUCAAGACGAAUUUCAACAUAAUUUUAGGUAAAAGACGACCCUGCUCUGAAAUCCAUCGCACAAAUGUCGAAAAAAUCGAAGAAGGAAUCGAAGAGUAAAUCGAAGAAUGGCAAGGAUUCUAAGAAGGGCAAGGGUGGCAAGGGUUCAAAAGAUGACAAUUCCGAGUACCAUACGGUUAAGAAUUCAAAGGACAAGAAGAAGGGCAAAGGCUCGAAGGGCGGCAAUGACAAUUCCGUGUAUCAUACGGUUAUGGGAGACACAAAAAGGGACGACGUUUCAGUGUACCAUACGGCAGAUGACUCCUUGCCUGAUACUCAACCAAAACCAAAAACUUAG